GUAUAAAAGGUUCGUACGCCCCACCGAGCAAACCCUCUCUCUCUCUUUCUCUUUCUCUCUCGUGAGGCGAUCGGAAACGAGAAGAGGAAGAAGAGGAGGAGCUUCAGUCCCUGAUCGAGAGGUGCUGCAGGAAUUCCUUAAGGCGGAUUGUGCUGUUGAGCUUUUUCUCUGACAAUCUCCCACCAUGUUCGGACGUGCACCGAAGAAGAGCGAUAACACCAGAUACUAUGAGGUUCUUGGGGUUCCAAAAAGUGCAAGCCAGGAUGAGCUUAAGAAGGCCUACAGAAAGGCUGCUAUAAAGAAUCAUCCUGAUAAAGGCGGAGACCCGGAGAAGUUCAAGGAGUUGGCUCAGGCAUAUGAAGUCCUCAGUGAUCCUGAGAAGAGGGAAAUCUAUGAUCAGUAUGGUGAAGAUGCACUCAAAGAAGGGAUGGGAGGAGGUGGCCCUUCCCAUAGCCCCUUUGAUAUCUUUGAGUCAUUCUUUGGUGGGGGUUUUGGUGGUGGCAGUUCAAGAGGAAGGAGGCAAAAACGUGGUGAAGAUGUUGUCCACACUUUGAAGGUCUCUCUUGAAGACUUGUAUAAUGGAACUUCUAAGAAGCUGUCCUUGUCAAGGAACGUUUUAUGUCCAAAAUGUAAAGGAAAAGGCUCAAAGAGUGGUGCAUCAGGGAGAUGUUCUGGAUGCCAGGGCUCUGGAAUGAAGGUCUCCAUUAGACAGCUUGGACCAGGCAUGAUUCAACAGAUGCAGCAUGUUUGUCCUGAAUGCCGAGGCUCAGGUGAAGUUAUAAGUGACAAAGACAAAUGCGGGCAAUGCAAAGGAGAGAAAGUCGUUCAGGAGAAGAAGGUGCUGGAGGUGCAUGUUGACAAAGGAAUGCAACAUGGUCAGAAAAUUGUAUUCCAGGGUGAAGCUGAUGAAGCUCCCGACACUGUUACUGGAGACAUUGUGUUUGUCUUGCAACUGAAGGAUCACUCAAAGUUUAAGAGGAAGUUUGAUGAUCUCUUUGUGGAACACUCUCUCAGCUUGACAGAAGCCCUUUGUGGAUUUCAGUUUGCUCUCACUCAUCUUGAUGGCAGGCAAUUGCUUAUUAAAUCAAACCCAGGGGAGAUCAUCAAGCCUGGUCAAUACAAGGCCAUCAAUGAUGAGGGAAUGCCACACUAUCAGAGGCCAUUUAUAAAAGGCAAGUUGUACAUCCACUUUAAUGUCGACUUCCCAGACAUGCUGUCACCAGACCAGUGCCGGACUCUGGAGAAGAUUCUUCCGCCAAGGCCAGGCAACCAGCUUACAGACAUGGAGUUAGAUGAGUGUGAAGAGACCACAUUGCAUGAUGUCAACAUUGAGGAGGAGAUGAGAAGAAAGCAGCAGCAGCAGCAACAAGAAGCAUAUGAUGAAGAUGAUGAGGGCUCCGCUCCACGGGUCCAAUGUGCACAACAGUGAUUGGUUAAUAAUAGCUUACCUUGUGAUUAGGGUAACGUUUAGUUUUUGUGGGUCGAUAACUGGUACCAGUAUAUUCUGCAGAGGAUACUUGAUCUCUGUUAGCUUUCCGUUUCGCUCUUUUCUCAUUUUCUACUUUGAGUUUGAGGUGGUAAAUUCUCUUGGAACAUGGAUGACAUCUAGACAAUCAAUUUAUCGUGUGGAGGUCCUCCUAUUCAGUUUA